ACUUCGGCCGGGGGAUGCAGCCUCUCAUCUCCUCACACAUGGACAGCAGAGCUCGGAGCUGCCGCAGCGCGCCACGGCUGCACUAUAGCUGCUGAAGACACCACCCCCUCCACCACCACCAGCGCGCAGGAGCGACGACUGCAAGUCAAACCAACUCCUGGACUUCAGAGAAAAGGAUAUAUUCAUCCUCUUUUUUUCUUUUCUCCAUCCGCGUGUUUUUUUUUUCAAACCGCAAGAGCGCAGCAAAAGCGGUGUUCAAUGCGCAACCAUGCUCAUCAUCUCCUCUCGCAGCGCGCUGCUGUCCGUCUACUACCCACAGAUCUUCCUCAUCCUCACCAGCGGUAGCUACCUGGCACUAUCCUCGGUGGUAGCCCUGGGUGCAAACAUCAUCUGCAACAAGAUACCGGGUUUGGCCCCCCGUCAGAGGGCCCUGUGUCAGACUCGGCCCGACGCAAUCAUCGUCAUUGGCGAGGGCGCCCAGCUGGGAAUCAAUGAGUGCCAGUACCAGUUCCGCUAUGGCCGGUGGAACUGCUCGGCCCUGGGCGAGAGGACCGUCUUUGGACAAGAGCUGAGAGUAGGCAGCAGGGAGGCAGCGUUCACAUACGCCAUCACCGCAGCCGGAGUGGCCCACGCAGUGACGGCAGCCUGUAGCCAAGGCAACCUGAGCCAGUGUGGCUGCGACCGCGAGAAGCAGGGCUACCACGACCAAGAGGAGGGCUGGAAGUGGGGAGGCUGCUCGGCCGACGUUAAGUACGGCGUGGAGUUCUCGCGGCGCUUUGUUGACGCCCGAGAGAUCAAGAAAAACGCCCGGCGGUUGAUGAACCUGCACAACAAUGAGGCGGGGCGAAAGAUCCUGGAGGAGAGGAUGAAGCUCGAGUGCAAGUGUCAUGGCGUUUCCGGUUCUUGCACCACUAAGACCUGCUGGAUCACCCUACCAAAGUUCAGAGAGAUUGGCUACCUGCUGAAGGAGCGCUACAGCGAAGCGGUUCAAGUGGAGCCUGUUCGGGCCUCGCGGCUCCGCCAGCCGUCCUUCCUGCGUCUCAAAGAGGCCCGGGGCUACCAGAAGCCCACAGACACGGACCUGGUCUACCUGGAGCGCUCGCCCAACUACUGCGAGGAGGACACGGCGACGGGGAGCACGGGGACGAGGGGCAGGCUGUGCAACGGCACCUCGACCCACACAGACAGCUGCAAUGUGAUGUGCUGCGGCCGGGGUUACAACACACACCACUACACGCGUGUGUGGCAGUGCAACUGCAAGUUCCACUGGUGCUGCUUCGUCAAGUGCAACACCUGCAGUGAGAAAUCUGAGGUUUUCACCUGCAAGUAGGGAACGAGAGAGACGGACAGUGGCUGAGGAUGGGAAACAGACAAGGGGUCGAAGGUCAGGGGGAUACGACGAAGUGGAAUUUGAAGUGAAGGACUUGGAAGUAUUUAUUCAACAUUUUGCACAUUUUGACAUCCUAUUUGGAAUUCUUCAAAAAAAAAGGAAAGACGCGUGAAAUGGAACAUGAAGUCUGGAGAGCGUGUCCAAAACAUGUGACUGUGACAUGAAGUGAAAACGCGUCGCAGGUGAGGGGAUUCAAUCUCCUCUUUCCCAGAAAAAAGCAGCAUCUUGCAAACAUGUCACUUACAGACAUCGUGCAUGAGUGAGCGAAAAGCAGCAAGGACUGUUGUUGGAUGUGGAGAAGAGCGGAUACACGCUAACUGGAAGCAAAGUGCUCUGAGGAGAUCCGGCUCCUGACGAAUAUUGAAAAGGUGGCGGUGGAAUAUUUUAACUGUACGCUCACACUGUAUUUUGUUUGAACACUGAAAAUAAAACAAGAUUAUUUAUGUCUUAUAAGUCUUAGGAUGGAUAGCAAACUAUUUUUCCUUUCGUUAAUGAUCUUCAGUUGCUGCAGAUCCGUUUUUCAAGCUGCAGCUAAAUCCCUUUUUUCAUUCACUUUAUCAGUGGUCAGAAAGGUACUUUGCUAUGUUUGAAUUAUUUUUCUUUUGCACUCUCAUAGUCACACUUCUUCCUUUUUUUUUCCUGGUGGGCUGGUGCUGUCGAGUGCUGCCCUGGGCCCUCUCUCAUGGACGUAUUCCCACCAGGGGCCAGACCCCCUUUUGUUGCACCAAGAGCCAAAGAGGCAGAAACCACUGACAUGCUAUUUUAAGUAUCCGACUUGUCAGCUUCGGCGUCACUUAAAAUCCUGACUGUUUUCAUUGUUUUGUUUUUUUCGGAGGGGCUCUUGACUUCUGAGAACAGCGUGUAAGCCUCAGUGGAACUCCAUAGAGGUGCAAUCAGGUUCAGAUACAGCCAACGUUCCCAUGAGCAGCGGAGACGUGGAAUUCCACAUGGUGGCCUCUGCUUACACAAGGCCUUCCAGCGCGGUUUAGGCCUGCCUGGGUGGAUGGCAUGUGCCCUAACCACACAGAAGGGGGUACGAGAGGAUCAAAGUCCUCACAGCUAUUUUUGGACGGCACCCUUAAUGUAUUCAGAAAUGUUUAUUUAGGCUUUAUAUAACUUACAAAACAAUUUGAAGAGUAUAUUUUUAUAUGAGGAACGUGGCACUUUAUGUCAUUUAUAGAUGGGAAACAAAGUUGCUAUUUACCAGUGUUUUCUAAUGUCAUUGUAUUCAGAUUUGAGAGUUAUAAAUUAUUGGGAAUUUAUGUCUUUGAUCAAAGUUCCUAAAGUUGUAAAUACUCUGUGUGUUUUAUUACCCGAGUAGCUCCGAUCGUCAAUCUCGACGCGAUGCUUCACAACUCAAAGUAGCUCACAGGCGGUAAAACCAUUGUACAUGAGUAGAUAUGUGGAAGUUGAUGGUAGAUAGUGCAUUGGAAGCGUUAGAUGAUUGUUUCCAGUUGUCUUAAUGGUGCUUUCGGUAACAAGGAGCAGCUCAUUGCUUUCCUAAAAAAAGUGUAGUUAUGACUUGAAAUACAGCUAAUUUAAGUUUAUUGUCCUGUGGCUAAAACAAAGUCUGCAUCACUUACAAAUAUGGACGGUUUGUUUUUUUCUAUUUUUACCAAUAAAA